ACUGCAUUCCAUAUUUCCAUUCCAUUCCAUCUCACCCCCCUCGGCCCUGUGUCCCUCCGCUCCACUCGCACUCGCCCCACAGAUCCACGCCACGCGAGCGAAGACCACCCCCAGGGGGAAAAGGAGUUCUAGAGAGAGGCUGGCGAUGGCGGUGAAUGGGACGGGGAAUGGGGCGAUGGCGGUGAACGGGACGGGGAACGGGACGACGGGGCCCAGCAAGACGGUGCUGGUGACGGGAGGCGCUGGGUACAUCGGCAGCCACGCCGUGCUGCAGCUGCUCGCCGCGGGGUUCCGCGCCGUCGUCGUCGACAGCCUCGGGAACUCCUCCGAGCUCGCCGUCAGGCGCGUCGCCGCGCUCGCGGGGGAACACGCGCGGAACCUCUCCUUCCACAAGGUUGAUAUCCGUGACAAGGAUGGACUGGAAAAGGUUUUUUCUUCCACAAGAUUCGAUGCUGUCAUUCACUUCGCUGGACUGAAAGCUGUUGGUGAAAGUGUGCAGAAGCCAUUGCUUUAUUACGACCAUAAUAUUGUUGGCACGAUAAAUCUUCUGGAAGUUAUGGCAGCCCAUGGUUGUAAGAAGUUGGUGUUCUCGUCAUCAGCUGCAGUUUAUGGAUCACCUAAGAACUCACCCUGCACCGAGGAGUUUCCUCUCACCCCACACAAUCCAUAUGGCAGAACCAAGCUUAUAGCUGAGGAGAUAUGCCGUGAUAUCUACCGUUCUGAUCCUGAAUGGAGGAUCAUUUUACUUAGGUAUUUCAAUCCAGUCGGGGCUCACCCUAGUGGGUACCUUGGUGAAGACCCACGUGGAACACCAAACAACCUUAUGCCCUUCGUUCAGCAAGUUGCGGUUGGGAGAAGGCCAUCAGUGACAAUCUUUGGAAAUAACUAUGCAACGAAAGACGGGACAGGGGUACGAGAUUAUAUUCAUGUGGUUGAUCUUGCUGAGGGGCAUGUUGCUGCAUUACGGAAGCUUUUUGAUAACUCGUCUAACAUAGGAUGUGAAGCAUACAACCUUGGAACUGGUAAGGGGACGUCAGUGUUGGAGAUAGUCAAUGAAUUUGAGAAGGCUUCUGGAAAGAAAAUCCCAUUGGUCAUUGGUCAGCGACGCCCUGGUGAUGCCGAGAUUCUAUUUUCAGUAGCUCGUAAAGCAGAGAGAGAACUCAACUGGAAAGCAAAAUACGGCAUCACAGAGAUGUGCAGGGACCAGUGGAACUGGGCUAGCAAAAACCCUUACGGAUAUGAGUCACCCGACUCACCCAAGCAGAAUGGUAGUAAUUCACACUGAACGACGCGGAUUGCUCUGUGUGGACUCACUUGUACAUGCAACUUAGUGCCUACGGCUGGGAUCGGUGUAGAUCUAGUCGGUCAGUCAUACAGAGAAAGUUACAAGAUUAGAAAAGAUUGUUCUGUUCUUCUUCCCUAGCAUAAGUGGUACGGUAGCAGUACAAAUCUAUCUUCCACCAUAUAGGUUUAUCAAGGUUGUCUAGGAACACUGCUACUUUGCUAUAGUCAACCAGCUAAUUCAACUCUUUCACUGCUAAUUGAGUUGCAUUGCCUUAGCAGCUGUACACGAAUCCUUUUAUGCAUGUAAUCGUUAAUUAGUUGAGCCACAGUAAUACAUUCAGGUUGUACCUUUUUCAA